UGGAGAACUAUUCUCUGUAUACUAAGGUUAUACAUAAUAGAAACUGUGCUAUAUCAAUGCCAGUUGACUGACUCUUCAACCAACGCCCCAACGUCUCUCUCGGUCUACGCGCCUUCACCACGACAGAGAACAGUCGGGCCAGCGAGCUGCAAGAAUAUGGAAACGACUUACAAGCAGCCCCCUUGGGUACAACCACAAAUGCGUCCUGGAAUAGAUUUAUCUCCUCUUAAGAUGUACAAUUCGUUGACACGAUCCAAGAACGCUUUUAUCCCAAAGGAUCCAGAAGGCCACAGAGUUACCUGGUAUUCUUGUGGACCUACGGUGUACGAUGAUGCUCACCUCGGCCACCCUAGGAACUAUGUUACUACGGACAUAAUUCGCCGGAUAAUGCAGGAUUAUUUUCACUUCAACGUGUAAUUUGUGAUGAAUAUCACUGAUAUGAAUGACAAGGCAUUCUACCACCUGCAGUCUGAGCAGAUUCCGCUAUUUUGAAGCACAGAACUCAUCCAUGAACCCCCCCCCCCCAGAUUAUUGUCAGAGCACGCCAGCAGCACCUCAUCUCAGACUACGUCGCCAAACAUCCGGUAGUCGA